AUGGGCCAGCAUCAGACCAUGUUCUUUGGACCAGCCCACAGUUUCUCCCAGUACAACUCCUUGCCAAGACGAGGCAUGAAUUCAAAUUUCCAACGCAACACCCCCAUCAGAAGAUCAACGGGCAUACCCGAACAUCAUAUUGAGUAUUUUGUGCCACGCAGCAUAAGUGAGUUUAAUCUGUCGGGUGUGGGCGAUUUGGCUUUGCCUCCACCCAGAAGAUGUUCGCCUACCAUACAGAAUGCGGGCAUGCAACUGCCACAUGGCCUGCAAUUGGGGCCACCCCAGACUUUACUAUGCGGUCCACCACCACCUCAACAAGUACAGAUCAUCAUGAAACCGCGCGAGAAAAUGGUUACAUUUGAGGAUGAAUCAAAAGGCAUGAUACAACAGCCGCCCACCUCCAACAGUGGCGCCACAACGGUGGGCGCCACCUGUCCCCAUGGUGUGCCAACAACACCGCGCAAGUCUUCCACGGGCAUUGGUGUGGGUGGUGGGGGUGAUGUUUUUAUGUGACGUGAAUCAUUGAGAUGACCAACAUUGAGUGGUUUGCUAAGCGAUACAACCAGUGAGGAUGUCUUUGCCCUCACCAGUUUAACGCAAAAUAACGACGAUCACGAUGUGGCCGCUGGUUCAGGCAGUGAACGCACUUCUUUGGAUGGCAGUCUAAGUGAUCUGAAGUCAAAAUCCACACCGGGUGAUGUGAUACGAGUGUAAAUUAUAAUAAUUAUAAAACUAAACAACUUCCUUGAUAUUACAAAACA